GCCGCUUCCCCUCCCCUUUAACUACGACUUCCCGUUUGGGGGCGGGCCAGGCGGAUCUGAGCCCGGGCAAGGCGGUGGGUUCCCCCCGCCGGCUGGAGGCGCCGCGCCUUGGAGAGGGGGGCGCACGGCCCCGGGAGCGCAGUCCUUGGAGAGGGGCGCACGGCCGCGUCUCCACUCCCAGCGCCGGAGCUCAGCCCCCCCAUGGCCGGGAUCGCCCCACGAGCACGUUCCCCUGGCACCGAUGUCUUCACCACCCCUCACGGCUUCUUCAUCGUUCGCUCCGACGUGGGCUGCUUCCUCCAGGCGCCCGAGUGCCACUCCCCGGAGGCUGUGGAGAUCCGGGGCCUGCACCCUGCCUGCCAGGGCGGAGAACACUAUGUGGGCGACACCACCGGCUCCUGUGUUUGCAUUCUCCGGGGGGACGCAUUCCACCGAACCACAGACCUGAGCGCCGCCCCCAGCCCCGACGCCCUCCCCCUGCACCCCACGUGUCGCGGUGGAGACCACUAUGCCUCAUGGGGCGGCCGCUUCUCCCUCAUCUUCCUGGCCCGCGGCGUGGUUCUGUCUGUGGGUGACCUGACCACGGGGGCCGAAGCAGAGGAGACGCCCCUGGAGCCCGCGUCCCGCCAUGGACUCUACUACUACGCCCUUGACGCUACCCACCUGGCUUUCCUGGGUGUGGAAGAGCAGCGGGGGCUAUACAGCCAGGCCUUCUCUAGCUCGGGGCACCGGGAGGUCCUUCCCGUCCACGCAGACGUGGCCAGCUUCCUCCCCGGCGGCCUGUCCCUGGUCCACAGGGGCACCUUCGGGGCGUGGGAAUGCAUCAAGCUGAUCCAGAACGAGACAGACGGGCCGCUCCCUGGCAGCCACGAGAUAACCCGGAAGGUGGGACGUGUGGAAGAGAAAUUGGCCAACUGGACCUUCUCCACGGCCAGUUCCCCGGCACCUGCAGACCUUUCUGUGGCCUUGCUCCAGGCCCAGUUCUCUCUGCCCCCAAUGUAUGGCGGGCUGGGGCUCAGGACGGAGCAGGAGGAGUGGGAAGCCGUGGCCGAAGAGGGAGAGGAGCUGCGGGUCAUUCUUCAGCCCCGGCAGAAGCUCUACUGGUGGCAGUACCACCUGGGCUUGGGGCACCGGCCUAUUCUCUUCUGCCGCUGCCUCAAGGUGACCCGUAGCCCCGUGUCACCUGCUAACCUCCCGCUGCCCCGGUCGGAUGCAGGGGACGCUGGCGUCUGACUGGGGAACGGAGGCUGACGGUAGAGGAAAGGUUAACUUUGUCGCUGAAUAAAUGAUGUUCUAUUGCACUGUCA